AUGCCCGAUCUAGAUUUUCCUUUGCCGGCGAGGCAGAAACCCAAACCCAAAAUGCCUUUCGUCCUAAUAGCUUCAUACAUUACCGACUGGUUAUGUAUAGCAGCUGCUGGUGCCAUAGGCACAAUAUUAGGCAACGUCACUCCAAAUAAGAGGCCCUUUCUUCUGGAGGACCCCAACAUAUCCUUCCCCUUUACCGAGCACGAGACGGUCGACACGAUGACCCUAUUACUUUGCGUCGCAGCCCUACCAAUCGUGGUUAUACUCUUCGUCACUCUGGUCUUCGUGCCGGGCCCCACCGUUCCAGCGGGCACACCUAAGGCCUUGAUUUGGAAACGAAAGUUGUGGGAGCUUCACAUAGGAUGGCUAGGACUGGCCUUCUCCCUCUGCUCAGCCUGGUUCAUUACCAGCGGAAUGAAGAACCUAUUCGGCAAACCGCGACCGGAUAUGUUGUCUCGAUGCAAGCCCGACAUCGACAACAUGCGAGAUUAUAUCGUUGGAGGAUUCUCUUUCGCAAGCGAUGGCCGCUUAGUAUCAGCAGCUAUCUGCCAAAGUACCGACAAGUCGAUACUGGACGAUGGUUUCCGCAGCUAUCCUUCUGGGCACUCUAGCUCUGCUGCUGCUGGCUUGAUCUACCUCUCCUUCUUCUUAGCCAGCAAGUUUGCCGUUGUGAUCCCGUUCAUGGCCCCCGGCUCGUAUACCACUGACUCAAGCGCUAUGUCGUCAUUCCCAUCGCGCAUGCCCAACGCUGGUAAUCGAAAGGUGUACGAGCCUGUGCACUCCGUAUCAUCGCAGGCUGUGGACGAUAUUUCGGCUCCUGACGAUCCAGCGGUUUCGAAACAAAUCGCAGAACACAGUACAGCGGUGUUUGCAGUGCGGAAACAAGCCGCCGCGCCUCCAUUAUAUCUUCUGCUUUUGACCGCACUACCGUUCUUUGGCUCCAUCUUCAUUGCGAGCUCCCGAUGGUUUGAUUUCCGCCAUCACGGGUUUGACAUCCUCUUCGGUUUCAUGAUUGGUCUGAUUUGCGCCUGGUUUGCAUUCCGAUACUACCAUUUGCCGAUUAGCCAGGGCGCCGGCUGGGCUUGGGCGCCUCGGAGCAGUGAUAAGGCGUUCUGGGCAGGGGUCGGAUCAUACAGUUACGCCACGGAUAAGAAGCACUGGAUUCGCCGAAGCGCUGAGGAAGGAGCACAAGCGGGACAAGCACCGGCGGUUGCGCACCUGGCCACAGUCCGGGAUAUCCCAACGAACGCUGCUGAUACAUUUCCACAGUAG